AUGAGUAGGCGACUUAAGAACUUUGACUGUGAAUCAUUUAAUAUUAGAAAUACUUCAUCUGGAUUGUUGAAUAUGGAUGAUGACACAAGUCUUUCGGCGCUGGUAAAUAACUAUGAUACCAUUCUGUGUGAUAUUGUGGAUGAACUUGCACCAGUAAAAACUCGAGCAAUCAUUGUUCAUCCAACUGCAUUAUGGUAUAAUGAUGAUGUUGCAUAUGCGAAAAAGAAACGACGAAGGCCUGAACGUAAGUGGCGCUCAAAUCGACUCGAUUGCAAUAUAGCAAACUAUCUGGCUCAGUAUGAUGUUGUUAACAAAAUGCUACAUAAGGCGAGAGACGAAUACUACUCAACCAUCAUACGUGAUAACGCACACGAUCAGAAAGUACUUUUUCAAACAGUGGAGAAGUUGUUACAAAAAAGCUCGGAUAGACGUUAUCCUUUGGCAAAUAGUGAUCGCGUGCUGGCUGAUGCAUUUGCUGAUUAUUUUGUCACUAAGAUUGAUGGUGUUCGACAGGACGUAUUAGCCAGAAAGAACAUGGCUGGAAAUUCCCCAGGUGAAAUUGACGAAGUUACUUGUACUUCGAAUUUUAGCUCCUUCGAUAUGCUAACUGAAGAAGAUGUCGUGAACUUGAUUGGUGAGACGACCAUUAAAUCUUGCAGUCUUGAUCCUGUUGCAGCGAUUAUCAUGAAGAAAUGUUACAUGACCUUAGUCCCACUAUUUAGAAGAAUCAUAAACUUGUCCUUGUCACUGGGUACAAUGCCUGAAGAUCUGAAGAUUGCGAUCCUAUCACCCCUGUUAAAAAAGUCCAACAUUGAUUUUUCGACCGGUUUCAAACUUGAAAUUUUUAUCUAA